ACGGAAGCUUCAUUUACUCACUCCAUAAAAUCACUGUUAACCUGUUCAAAUUCUUCUCUCUCUAUCUCAAAAACUCUCGCCAGCCCCUUUCUCUCUCUGCAACUCCACAUUCAAAUUCAAUUGAUCUCUCACUCUGUCGCUCUCCCCCUCAUUUCGAAGUAAAGCCGAGCUAAUCAGGUUUGUUAGCUCUCAACAGGAAUGGCAACAGAAGCAGCAAAUCCUCCGCCACCUCCCAGUGCUCAAGUUGUCGGGAAUGCAUUUGUUGAUCAGUAUUACCACAUCCUUCACCACUCUCCUGAGUUGGUCCACCGAUUUUACCAGGAUGUAAGUGUGUUGAGCCGUCCAGACCCUAGUGGCCACAUGAUGACCGUGACAACUAUGAAAAGUAUAAACGAAACUAUAUGUUCCUUGGAUUACAAAAAAUACAAGGCGGAGAUAAAGACUGCUGAUGCACAAGAUUCUUAUAAAGAUGGGGUGGUGGUGCAAGUAACUGGGUGCUUGACCGGACCCGACGACUUGAAAAAGAAAUUCACACAGACUUUUUUCCUUGCUCCUCAGGACAAAGGGUACUACGUCUUAAAUGAUAUUCUUCGUUAUGUACAAGAGACUGAACCAGAAAUCAGCAUGGGGACAGUUACAGGAGUUCAGUUAACACCAUCUCGUUCUGCUACCCAAGAUCCAGAACCAGUUCAAGUGGUUGGUUCCCCAAAAGUGGACCAUGAAAAUUCUCAAGUGGAGGAAACUGAAAUAAUUGAGGCAAAAAACAGUGACCAAGUGAUUGAAGAGAGAGAAGCUGGUGAUAAUCAUACUGACAUCUUGAUAGAAGCCGACUCCCAUAUUAAUGGGAAUCAUGUGACUGAGGUUGCAGAUGCAGUUACUUCUUCAUCUCAGGAGGAUACUCCAAAGAAGUCGUAUGCGUCAAUUGUUAGCUCACAGACAAAGAAGGGUCCAACCAAAAUCUAUGUUCCUACAAACAUAGCUAAAUUAGCUCAGGCCAAAACUGAGCAACCAAUCAACCCAGACACAAAGGAAUCACGCCGUGAAUCAACUUCUGAUAUUCGACCUGAUGAUGUACCUGAAAGUAAAGAUGUCCAGGAUGAAGUUCAGGGUUACUCCAUAUACAUCCGCAAUUUGCCUCUACAUUUUACAGUCACACAGCUUCAAGCUGAAUUUCAGAAAUUUGGGACUAUUAAGCCGAAUGGGGUUCAAGAACAACGAUUCUGUUUCGGGUUUGUUGAAUUUCAAGAAUUUAGCGCCAUGCAAAAGGCCAUUCAGGAAUCUCCAAUAACUAUUGGAGACCGUCAAGCUACAGUCGAGAUAAAGAGAACCACUACUCGAGUUGGCGGUGGGAGGGGUCGGUUUACUUCUUCACGUGGAGGAUUUCGUAAUGAAAACUUCAGAGGCCGGGGUAACUUCAGUGGUCGGGUUUACGGGAGAAAUGGAGACUUUAGGGGUCGUGGUAACUUUAAUGAUGGAGUCAGUGGAGAAGGUGGUUACCAACAAGGCAGAGAAAGGGGUUAUCGUCGUUCGAGCCCGAACCAGAAUUCUUCUUCGACCUGAAAAUGGGGAGGUGUUGUUCGUGAGCUGCGGGGGUUCAAUUUUGACAGAGGUAUUUAUUGCUGGACACAUCUACUCGAUCCUGUUCGGUUAUCAAUCAAUCUUUCGGAGAUUUAAGCCGAGGGUUUGCCUUGCAUUUAGUGUAGUACGAGUUGGUUAUUGAUUCCUAACAUUUUUUUUUUUUUUUUGAGU